AUGUCCACAGAGAGGCCGAAGGUGGCAUUCUACGCUGCAUUGAGCAAUUCAAACUUCACUGGACCCUUUCACACUGACGUUACACUGAAGUACAGCAAAGUCUUCACUAACAUUGGCAAUGCUUACAAUCCAUCUACAGGUUUCUUUACAGCUCCAGUGAAAGGACUCUACUACAUCCUGUUCACUGUGUGUGGUAACGAUGCUGAAUCUUACAGUUUAUAUGUGUUCGAGAACAACCAAAGGAUAAUGUGUAAUGUGGAGCACAAAGAAAAACAUGGUUUGAGGUAUUUCACUAAUGCCGUGGCCUUGCAGCUCGUGGCAGGAGAUGAAAUCCAUGUCCGUCUCCCCUCAGGCCAUGGCAUCUUUGAUAAUGGCAAUAACCACAGCACUUUCAACGGUUUCCUUCUCUUCCCACUGUAA